AUGAGUAGAAAGGAGUUUCGAUUCUUCUUGUCCUGCGACAUCAAUCUCCCUGUCACUUUUCGAGUCGAUAGACUCGAAGGACCUCUGCCUUCUCCAACAAAAUCUCCCAAUUCAGGAAUUGAUUCCAUCAUCACAGAAGAGAGAAAAGCAGAGCUAUACGUUGAGUGUGCUUUGUACAUUGAUGGCGCUCCAUUCGGCCUUCCCAUCAGAACUAGACUGGAAGCUGGUGGAGCAUCAUAUUGCUGGAAUGAGCUGAUCACCAUGAGCACCAAAUAUCGAGACUUAACUGCCCAUUCACAGCUUGCUUUUACGGUUUGGGAUGUUUCGUGUGGGAAAGAUGAGGGAUUGAUUGGAGGAGCAACCAUUCUUCUUUUCAACAAUAAGAUGCAACUCAAAACUGGGAAGCAAAAGCUUAGGCUUUGGCCAGGGAAGGAAGCUGAUGGAUCAUUUCCGACAACUACUCCUGGAAAGGUUCCCAAGCAUGAGCAUGGGGAGUUGGAGCGUUUAGAGAAGCUUGUGAAUAAAUAUGAGAGAGGACAAAUUAAAUGUGUUGAUUGGCUUGACCGUCUCACUUUCAAAGCUAUGGAGAAAAUCAAGGAACAGGAAAAUUGUAAAAAUGGAAAUUCUUCCUUAUACUUGGUUGUUGAUUUCUGCAGUCUUGAACAUCGAGUUGUUUUUCAGGAGUCAGGAGCAAAUUUCCUAUUACCAUCUCCUAUAGCUUCAACGAAUGAACUUGUUACUGUGUGGGAUCCAGAAAUUGGAAAGAUAAAUCCCUCUGAGCACAAGCAACUGAAACUGGCAAGAAGUCUGACGCGAGGUAUCAUUGACAGGGAUCUGAAGCCAAGCUCUAAUGAACGAAAGUCAAUUCAAAGGAUUCUGAAGUACCCACCGACAAGGAUUUUGAGCGGAGAUGAGAGACAGCUUCUGUGGAAAUUUCGCUUCUCAUUGAUGUCAGAGAAGAGGGCUCUUACGAAGUUCCUAAGAUGCGUUGAAUGGAGUGAUGUUCAGGAAGCAAAGCAGGCAUUAGAAUUGAUGAAUAGGUGGGAAAUGAUUGAUGUAUGUGAUGCAUUGGAGCUUCUAUCCCCUGUAUUUGAAAGUGAAGAGGUGGAUCUUAGGUGGACAAUGCCUGGGAUAAUGAUUUCUAAAGCAUUCAUAAUGAUGCAAAGAAUAUUUUCAAAAGAUAAAGAGAAAAUUGCUCUUAAGUUAUCAUUUAGUCUAAAGGUUCGUGCAUAUGCUGUCAGUGUUCUUGAAAGAGCUGAUGAUGAAGAGCUUCAGUGUUACCUACUUCAACUGGUUCAGGCCCUUAGAUUUGAGCGCUCUGAUAAAUCUCGGCUUUCUCAAUUCCUCGUAAAACGCUCAUUAAACAAUAUCGAGUUGGCUAGCUUUCUUCGUUGGUAUGUUGCUGUGGAACUUUAUGAUCCUGCAUAUGCAAAACGGUUUUAUUCUACUUAUGAGAUGCUGGAGGAGAAUAUGGUGAAGUUGGCAGCUGGUCCAAGUGGAGAAGAAGAUGGAUUUAAGUUGUGGCAGAGUUUGGUGCGCCAGACAGAAUUGACAGCCCAGUUAUGUUCCAUAACGAAAGAUGUAAGAAAUGUGCGAGGCAAUACUCAGAAGAAAAUUGAAAAGCUUAGACAACUUCUGUCAGGUCUUCUUAGUGAACUUACCUAUUUUGAAGAGCCAAUAAGAUCACCACUUGCUCCAGGUAUCCUUAUCACCGGGAUUGUGCCAUCAGAAUCCACAAUAUUCAAAAGUGCACUGCAUCCUCUGCGCCUGACAUUUCGAACACAAAGUGGGGGGAAUUGCAAGGUCAUAUUUAAGAAGGGGGAUGAUCUUCGGCAAGACCAAUUGGUUGUCCAAAUGGUAUCUCUAAUGGACCGACUGCUUAAGUUGGAAAAUCUUGAUCUGCACUUAACUCCAUAUAAGGUGCUUGCUACUGGACAAGAUGAAGGCAUGCUAGAAUUCAUACCAUCACGUUCCUUGACUCAGAUUCUCCAAGAGCAUCGUAGCAUUAUAAACUAUUUGCAGAAGUUUCAUCCUGAUGAACAUGGACCAUUUGGGAUCACAGCCUCCUGUCUUGAGACGUUUAUAAAAAGUUGUGCUGGCUACUCUGUAAUCACAUAUAUAUUGGGCGUUGGAGACAGGCUAUGGAAAAGUUCACGUGAAUUAAAAAUUUCUUUAGAUGGUUUUGUGUUUGUUGUACUUGGAAGUAGCUUACAUGCUAUGAUUCAUGAUCCAGUUGGAACUGUGGAGUUUAAGGACCUAGAGCACCUAGACAACCUUCUCCUCACAGAUGAUGGGCGUCUUUUCCAUGUUGAUUUUGGUUUUAUUCUUGGCCGAGAUCCAAAGCAUUUUCCACCACCAAUGAAACUCUGCAAAGAAAUGGUUGAGGCCAUGGGGGGUGCAGAAAGCCCAUACUAUACCAGGUUCAAAUCCUACUGCUGUGAAGCUUACAACAUCCUCCGAAAGUCCAGUAACCUAAUUUUGAAUCUAUUCCAUCUGAUGGCGGGUUCCAACAUUCCUGACAUAGCUUCGGAUCCUGAAAAAGGCAUUCUUAAGCUCCAGGAGAAGUUUCGAUUGGACAUGGAUGAUGAGGCCUGCAUACAUUUUUUCCAGGAUCUUAUAAAUGAGAGUGUCAGUGCAUUGUUCCCACAAAUGGUUGAGACCAUUCAUCGGUGGGCUCAGUACUGGCGUUAG